UCUACUACAUGGUAGUACAACGACGUAGCCGUUACGCCAUCUGCUGGUCCCUCAUUUUAAAGUCUUAAUAGGAAAAGAGUCUGGACAAUGCGUUGUGCUAUGUUUGCAGGAAAGUCCUGUCAGGUUUCUAACUGAGAGUUUUACCUGGUGUCCUGUAAAUUGGAUAUUUGUAAGUACCAUGGACUUCUGCAUGCCCAUGCACGAUGUUCCUUUCUAAUGAAACCCAGGUUCACCCCUCUUCCUUCUUACUGUUGGGGAUCCCAGGACUAGAAACACUUCACAUCUGGAUUGGCUUCCCCUUCUGUGCUGUAUACUUGAUUGCACUCACAGGGAACCUCACCAUUCUGUUUGUGAUAAAGACUGAGAGCAGCCUACACCAGCCCAUGUUCUACUUCCUGGCCAUGUUGGCCACCAUUGACUUGGGCCUCUCAACAGCUACCAUCCCUAAGAUGCUCGGGAUCUUCUGGAUCAAUCUCAAAGAGAUCAUCUUUGAAGCCUGCCUCACACAGAUGUUUUUCAUCCACAAUUUCACUGGCAUGGAGUCAGCAGUCCUCUUGGCAAUGGCUUAUGACCGCUACGUGGCCAUCUGCAACCCACUCCGGUAUAGCACUAUCCUCACAAACAAGGCUGUUUUUGUGAUUGGUCUUGGUGUGUUAAUGAGGUCAUUUAUUUCUGUUAUUCCAUUUGUCUUUCUCAUUUUGCGAUUGCCCUUCUGUGGGAAUCAUGUCAUUCCUCACACCUAUUGUGAACACAUGGGUCUUGCUCGUCUAUCCUGUGCCAGUAUCAAGGUCAAUAUUAUUUAUGGACUAUGUGCUAUUUCAAUCUUAGUGUUUGACAUCAUAGCCAUUGCCCUUUCUUAUGUUCAGAUCCUCUGUGCUGUUUUCCGUCUUCCUUCCCGUGAAGCCCGACUUAAGUCCCUCAGCACCUGCGGUUCCCAUGUUUUUGUAAUCCUUGCUUUCUACACACCAGCUCUGUUUUCCUUUAUGACACAUCGGUUUGGCCGAAAUGUUCCCCGCUAUAUCCACAUACUGCUGGCCAAUCUUUAUGUUGUAGUGCCACCAAUGCUCAAUCCUGUCAUAUAUGGAGUCAGAACCAAACAGAUCUAUGACCGUGUGAAGAAAAUACUAUUGCAAAAAUAAGAACUUGAAUGAG